CUCACGACACGUCACAGACUGACAGUUGGCAGCUGGACUCGGAAGAUGGCGUUUGUUGUCUGUCGCUCCGUCGCUCUCCUCUCACUCCGCGCCGCCGGGCUGAAAAACGGCGGCUCUACGCGGCUGAAAACCGGGACGAACGUCUUCAGCCGCUCGGCGGUCACCACCGCGUCCGGGAAGAUGUUACCGAAACCAGUCAAGACCUCGUUUGGGUUGGUUCGGAUGACGGCUGUGGUCCUCCCCUUCCUCUAUAUCGGGACUCUCAUUAGUAAAAGCUUUGCAGCCCUACUGGAGGAACACGACAUAUUCGUACCCGAGGACGACGAUGACGAUGACUGAGAGAUCGGUCUCAGUGAACACGGGGUAGCGGACGGAGUUCUGUGGGUCACUGAAGGAACCAAACCUGAGAAGGAAAGUCAAGAACUGACCGAGACUUCGAAACACAAACUUCCAAACGUCCUUCUCUGAGUUUGAGAAGCAAUCUCCCUCCUUACCUCUUUAUAAAGUGUGAAACACCAAGCGAUUAUUAUUAUUAUUAUUAUUAUUAUUUUGCUCAUUCUUUGUUGCUUUGAUUGUGAGUUCAGGAGCUGUUUUUCAGUUCUAGCUGCGCUGCCAUAGUUACUGUAUUGUGAAUCAGUCCAGCCCUGGCUAUAGGACUACAGCUCCCAGCAUGCCUCUGCACCCCCGGCAAAGGCAAGGGAUGCUGGGAGCUGUAGUUCUUUAACUACGGUGAGCUGUAGGACUCCCUGUGUGUGCGUGUGACCCUGAGCGAGUCGCUUCACCUCCUUGUGCUCCGUCCUUCGGAUGAGACGUCAAACAAACGAGCUCCUAUUGGAAGUGACUCUGCAGCAGCAGCAGCAGCAGUUGUUGAUGAUGCAGAGUUCACCCCCCUAGUCUCUGGAAGUCGCUUUGGAGAAAAAGCCUCCGCUGAACGACU